AUGCCUGGAUUAAUUGCACCCUCAGAUUAUUCACAAGACCCUCUUCGUCACCCAUGUCUCCUUAUCAACGCCAAGGAGCCCUUCAAUGCAGAGCCACCUCGCUCAGCCCUGAUUUCCUCUUAUAUCACACCUGUAGAUUUUUUUUACAAGAGAAAUCAUGGCCCUAUUCCUUUGGUGGAUGACAUUGAAAGAUAUUGUGUUUCUAUAAAUGGUCUAAUAGAAAACUCAAAAGAGCUGUUCAUGAAAGAUAUCAGGAUGCUUCCAAAGUACAAUGUCACUGCCACUUUACAGUGCGCAGGUAACAGAAGGACAGCGAUGAGCAAAGUCAGAAAAGUGAAGGGAGUUGGCUGGGAUAUUUCUACUCUAGGAAAUGCUAUCUGGGGUGGUGCUAAAUUGGCUGAUGUUCUUGAACUUGUUGGAAUAUCUAAGUUCAGCUAUUGUACACAAAAAGGUGGCAAACAUGUUGAGUUUGUGAGUGUCGAUAAGUGCGAGGAAGAAAAGGGAGGCCCAUACAAGGCAUCAAUUCCACUUAUCCAAGCUUCAAAUCCUGAAGCAGAUGUUCUACUUGCUUAUGAAAUGAAUGGAGAACCUCUUAACAGGGAUCAUGGAUAUCCGGUGCGUGUGGUUGUCCCUGGUGUUAUUGGUGCUCGCUCUGUUAAAUGGCUUGAUUCUAUUAGCAUAAAUGCAGAGGAAUGCCAAGGUUUCUUUAUGCAGAAAGACUACAAAAUGUUUCCUCCUUCUGUAGAUUGGAGUAAUAUUAAUUGGUCGGCAAGGAGGCCUCAAAUGGAUUUCCCUGUUCAGUGUGCCAUAUGUUCUUUGGAGGACGUAGACCAUAUAAAGCCUGGAAAGGUUACAGUUAGAGGCUAUGCAGUGUCGGGAGGUGGACGGGGAAUAGAGAGAGUGGACAUAUCUGUUGAUGGUGGCAAAAACUGGAUUGAAGCCACCAGAUAUCAGAAGAUUGGUGUCCCAUAUGUUGCUGAUAGUAUGAGCAGUUACAAGUGGGCAUGGGUGUUUUUCGAGGUCACGGUCGACGUCCUACAAAACACCGAAAUUGUAGCUAAAGCUGUUGAUUCAGCAGCGAAUGUGCAACCAGAAAAAGUGGAAGAGAUAUGGAAUGUAAGAGGUAUACUCAACACUUCAUGGCAUAGAGUUCGAGUUCGAGUUGGUCGUUCCAAUAUAUAGAACAAAGAAGAAAGAGAUGAAACCCAAAGCUUAGAACUGCAUCAUCUGCCUUUUUCAUCUCUCAUAAAUAAAUGAUGUGCUGCAUCAACUCUUCUUUUUACCAAAUUCCACUUAGCUAAGAUUAGAUUUUCCAUUAGAAAUGCGAAUAAGAAUUUGGAACUUGCUUACUCUGAUGAAUAAUAUAGUUCGUUCAAGCGUGUUUUUAAGGACCUGUUUGGAUUUACUUAAGAA